AACCCAACCCAAACGAAGACGUUGAUAGUGUUAGGGCAACGGAACAGUAACCAAAGAAGAAGAAGAAAAAAUGGCGAGUGGGAAGAAGGGAAAGAGAAAAGGAAGUGAUGAAAACGACGACGACAGAACCCAAAAGAAAAACAAAACGACAGAAACAAACGAAGAGCCACUGCGUUUCUUCGUGAACCAAUUUCAAGCCGCGAACGGUGUACACCUCUCUUCCAUCGAACUCGAAUCCCUGAAGGACACAACCAUUCUGGAGCUAUCAAAUUCCCAAUCCACAGAUACUGAUUUAGAUGUGAAAUUCAUGGCGGGUGAUGUUAAAGCUUCGUUCGGCGAUUCAUGGAGAAAGGUUCUCUGUGAAAGUGAACUUGUUGAAGGAAAAAUUGCCGCUGGUAGUCCUUCUGUUCUUGUUGUGUCUUACUCUGCUUUGAGAUCUAUACACCUUUUGAAAGGGUUUCGGUCUGUUACGAAACUGUGUAGUCCUGUUAAGUUGUUCUCUAAGCAUAUCAAACUUCAAGAACAGAUUUCUUUGUUGAAAAACCGUGUUAACAUUGCUAGCGGCACACCAAGCAGGAUUAAGAAGCUCAUCGACAUUGAAGCCUUGGGCCUUUCAAGGUUAAAAGUACUUGUGCUUGAUAUUCAUCCUGAUGUGAAGGGCUUUUCCUUGUUUACUCUUCCACAAGUCAGAGAUGAAUUUUGGGACUUGUUCAAGAAUUAUUUCUAUCAACCAAUGAUUCAAGGUGAUCUGCGCAUCUGUCUCUACGGUCCAUGCAAGCCUGCUGCUGGUUUAAAAAGCAAAAAAGGACCUCCUGUUCGUGAUGAAUAAUGUAUGAUCGUGAUGAAAAUCAUACUUGUCUUGUUUUAGGGUUGUAUACUUGCAUUAUCUUUAAAUACCGUGAGGAAAUGACAAAUCAAAUCGGCUAGUUGAUGGGGUGGAUGGGAUGUUGUUUACACUUAACUAGACUUCUUUAAUGGGAUUUUCAAUCUAGUCUUAGCUAUAUUAUCACAACAGAACACAAGCACACUUACGAGCUGUUACAAACUUUCCUCCAAUUUUGUAUUCUUUGAUAAGGAUGCCAUUUUCGUGCACAAGUGAGUUAGGUGAUGUAUCAUAUGUCACUUUAAUCUGUUGUUAGAUUGAACAGUUCUACUGCAUCUAAUAGUAGACUAUCAAUUUUGUAUAUUUUCAUUCCAAAAUUUUAAAGUUGUUAUUUAUUAUUUGUAUGUGAACACAACUAUCAAAUUAAAAGAGGAUAAUAAAAAUAGUGUUAAUAGUUAA